AUGUCGAACAAAGAGUCCCUCAAGGCUGCGAUGCGAGAGUCACUGGAGGCGAACGGGACUAUUAGCCACAUCAAGGCUGAACUCCGCGCCGCCAUCUUCGAGCGACUCUCUGAUGUCACUACCAGUGGCGAUGGCAGGAAUGUGGAGAACCCGCCUGUACCUCCAGAGAACAUGGUGAUCAAUGAGCUCAUCAAGGAAUACCUCACCUUCAAUGGUCUAGAGCACACGCUGGCCGUCUUUCAGCUCGAGGCUCGAUCGCCGGACAGCCAAGUGCCGCGUCGCGUACUGGCGUCAGAGCUGAACAUGGCUGCCGCCCCGUCGUCUGUCCCGCUGCUGUACGCUAUGCUUCACGAGGCGCGCCUUUCAAAAGAUAUGGGACCGUAA